ACUGCAGGAUCUGUGACAACAGAAGAAGCUACGUUCAUGAUUUACGUCAUCGCGUCUCCGCUGGUUACGUCAUUACGUUAGUUCCUAGCUCAACAUGGAGGACAUGGUAACGGUGGAGAAGAGUCUGGACGAGAUGCCCCCAGUCCUGAGCUCCAGACCCCAGACUGGCCUGUCCUUCCUGACACCAGAACCAGAAGACUUGGAGGAUCUUUAUUCCAGAUACAAGAAGCUGCAGCAGGAGCUGGAGUUCCUGGAAGUGCAGGAGGAGUACAUCAAAGAUGAGCAGAAGAACCUGAAGAAGGAGUUCCUGCACGCUCAGGAGGAGGUGAAGAGGAUACAGAGCAUCCCUCUGGUCAUCGGUCAGUUCCUGGAGGCCGUGGACCAGAACACGGCCAUCGUGGGCUCCACCACAGGCUCCAACUACUACGUCCGCAUCCUGAGCACCAUCGACAGAGAGCUGCUGAAGCCCAACGCCUCGGUGGCGCUGCACAAGCACAGCAACGCGCUGGUGGACGUCCUCCCUCCGGAGGCAGACAGCAGCAUCAUGAUGCUGACCUCAGAUCAAAAGCCAGACGUGAUGUACGCCGACAUCGGAGGGAUGGACAUCCAGAAGCAGGAGGUCCGGGAGGCGGUGGAGCUGCCGCUCACGCACUUCGAGCUUUACAAGCAGAUCGGCAUCGACCCCCCCAGAGGCGUCCUCAUGUACGGACCUCCUGGUUGUGGAAAAACUAUGCUGGCCAAAGCCGUGGCCCACCACACUACAGCUGCCUUCAUCCGCGUGGUGGGCUCCGAGUUCGUUCAGAAGUAUCUGGGUGAAGGCCCCCGCAUGGUCCGAGACGUCUUUCGGUUGGCCAAGGAGAACGCUCCCGCCAUCAUCUUCAUUGACGAGAUCGACGCCAUCGCCACAAAGCGCUUCGACGCUCAGACUGGAGCUGACAGGGAAGUGCAGCGGAUCCUGCUGGAGCUGCUGAAUCAGAUGGACGGCUUCGACCAGAACGUCAACGUCAAGGUCAUCAUGGCGACAAACCGAGCAGACACUCUGGAUCCGGCCCUGCUCCGUCCGGGCCGCCUGGACAGGAAGAUCGAGUUCCCGCUGCCCGACCGCAGACAGAAGCGCCUCGUCUUCUCCACCAUCACCAGUAAAAUGAACCUUUCUGAGGAGGUGGACCUGGAGGACUAUGUUGCCCGACCUGACAAGAUUUCUGGAGCGGACAUCAACUCCAUCUGCCAGGAGGCCGGCAUGCUCGCCGUGCGGGAGAACCGCUACAUCGUCCUGGCCAAAGACUUUGAGAAAGCCUACAAGACGGUCAUCAAGAAGGACGAGCAGGAGCACGAGUUCUACAAGUAGAGAAGGAAACUGCAUUCUGGGAGCAGAGUGGUCCAGAAACGGGUUCUCUGGACGAAACUUACUGGAAACAGACUUCAGGUCAGACCUGUUUCCACCUCCAGAUGAGUCAGCGCGUCACCGAGUGUGUUUUUUCUACAGGCAACUCCACUGGUUCCUCUCAAUACCGGCCUCCACUGCAGGCCGGGCAAAGCCUUUGUGUUUCCUCAUCUGACUAGACGUUCAAAAGAAAUCCAUUAAAGGUGUUUUCCAUAGAAGAA